CCGAGCCAGCGGCGCCCGGGCUGGGCCGCCUGGCGUCUCUGCGCGCCCCAGGCCGCGGCCCCGGCUCCAGCUCCUCGAGCCCGGGCCGGGCAGAUCUUGAGCGCGGGCGUCCGAGGCGCUGAGCGCGCGUCCAGGGGUCCGAGGGAAGCUCCAGCAGGCGGCCGAAGCGAGGGACGUCGCGGGGCCCAGGGACUGUGGAGCCGGCGGGCGGGUCUCGGGCGGGGCGCGGAGCCAUGGAGGAACCGCGCGGCCGCGGGCCGCGGAGUCCCGAGUCCCAGCACGGGCUGCGGAGCGCAGGAGCCCGCGGCCGGAGAGGGCCGGGCAGCACCCCUCGCGCCGGGAACCCGAGGAGCGCCUGGACCCGGUCCUCGGCAGCUCCUGCUGGCGACGCACGGCUCCCGCGGCAUCCCGAGGACCGUCACGACGGCACCAGCAAUGGGACGGCGCGGUUGCCCCAGCUGGGCACUGUAGGUCAAUCUCCCUACACGAGCGCCCCGCCGCUGUCCCACACCCCCAAUGCCGACUUCCAGCCCCCCUACUUCCCCCCGCCCUACCAGCCCAUCUACCCUCAGUCGCAAGAUCCUUACUCCCACGUCAACGACCCCUACAGCCUGAACCCCCUGCACGCUCAGCCGCAGCCGCAGCACCCGGGCUGGCCCGGCCAGAGGCAGAGCCAGGAGUCCGGGCUCCUGCACACGCACCGGGGGCUGCCCCACCAGCUGUCGGGCCUGGAUCCUCGCAGGGACUUUCGGCGGCACGAGGACCUCCUGCACGGCCCUCACGGGCUGGCUUCUGGACUGGGAGACAUCUCGCUCCACUCCUUACCUCACGCCAUCGAGGAUGUCCCGCAUGUAGAAGACCCGGGUAUUAACAUCCCAGAUCAAACUGUAAUUAAGAAAGGCCCUGUGUCCCUGUCCAAGUCCAACAGCAACGCCGUCUCCGCCAUCCCUAUUAACAAGGACAACCUCUUUGGCGGCGUGGUGAACCCCAACGAAGUCUUCUGUUCAGUUCCGGGUCGUCUCUCGCUGCUCAGCUCCACCUCGAAGUACAAGGUCACGGUGGCGGAAGUACAGCGGCGCCUCUCCCCGCCGGAGUGUCUCAACGCGUCGCUGCUGGGCGGAGUGCUCCGGAGGGCGAAGUCUAAAAAUGGAGGAAGAUCUUUAAGAGAAAAACUGGACAAAAUAGGAUUAAACUUGCCGGCAGGGAGACGUAAAGCUGCCAACGUCACCCUGCUCACAUCAUUAGUGGAGGGAGAAGCAGUUCACCUCGCCAGGGACUUUGGGUAUGUGUGUGAAACCGAAUUUCCUGCCAAAGCAGUAGCUGAAUUUCUCAACCGACAACAUUCCGAUCCCAAUGAGCAAGUGACAAGAAAAAACAUGCUCCUGGCUACAAAACAGAUAUGCAAAGAGUUCACCGAUCUGCUGGCUCAGGACCGAUCUCCCCUGGGGAACUCGCGGCCCAACCCCAUCCUGGAGCCCGGCAUCCAGAGCUGCCUGACCCACUUCAACCUCAUCUCCCACGGCUUCGGCAGCCCGGCCGUGUGCGCCGCGGUCACGGCUCUGCAGAACUAUCUCACCGAGGCCCUCAAGGCCAUGGACAAAAUGUACCUCAGCAACAACCCCAACAGCCACACGGACAACAGCGCCAAAAGCGGUGACAAAGAGGAGAAGCACAGAAAGUGAGGCUCUCCUGCCGGCCCCGCCCGCCCACACGCGCCCAC